AUGUCGGACAUAAAGAGCAGGAUCGCUUCCUCGGUCGAGCAGAACAACCGCCUGCUCAAAACGCUAUCAGAAACAGACUACGCUCCUCCGGCACUCGCCCAGCAGAGUGUGUACAUCAGCAACCUCCAGAAAGAGCUUUCUGAGCUCGACAAGCGCAUUAAGCACCUUGAAACCAUCACCAAAACCGAGCUCAAAGACCACGAGAAGUACCGCGACAGCACUAUGAAGCGCUUCACCUACCGCCUCGGCGGAAAGAAGGGCCAGGCGAAGUUUGAAGCCAAAGCCAGCAAAGAGGAAAGGGAGUACUUCGAGGCUGUGCAGGCCGAGAAAGCUGCCAAAGACCAGCGGGACGUCCUCCAAGCACGGCUCGACGAAGCCAUGAGGAUGAGAAAGGAAUUCGAAACCGCGGCCCAGAAGCACGAUCAGGCGCAAAAGGAGCUCGACGCUCUCUACGAGUCCAUCUUCGCAGGCCCAACUCCAGACUUUCCGGAGGAAGAUCAGAAGGAGUGGCCAGUCCAUAAUGCUCGCCAGCAUUAUGGAGAAAUCCAGCAGCGCCUCAACGCCGAAGCUCAAGCUGUCAGUUGUCUGGCGGAUGCGCGCGGUGCUCUUCGUGUUGCGCUCGCUAACACGCAAGCGGCACUCCAUUACAGCUCCAUGGAUGUAUGGGGAGUCGGCGGAGGCUUCGGAGACAUGGCCGAGCGGUCCGCCCUGGCCAAGGCGCAGUCGGCAGUGCAGCAAGUCAUGAUGCUCAUUGACCAAGCACGGCGCAUGGAUCCGCAGAUUCAAUCAAUCGGCCCAAUGAACGUCGCGCAAGGCAACAUCUUGUCUGACGUGCUGUUCGACAACGUCUUCUCGGACAUGAGGUUCCAUCAGAAAAUCGAAGACUCUAACCGGGAGCUGCAACGGGCUGAGCAAAACUUGGCGGCCCAGCAGAAUGCGGCGAACCACCGGCUCGAUGCAUUGAAGGAGGAGAUGGCCGCAGCUUCGAGGAACUUGGAGGCGGCAAGGAUAGAGCUGCAGCGGGUGCGGAUGGAGGCGUUUGAGAAAGUUGCCGCGCAGAACAUGCCGCCGCCGCCAGCGUACAGCUAG